UGAACAACACAAAACUUUCUUAACGCGCCAGCUGCACGCACGCACCGCGGUAGUAAAUUUACCGUGUCGACCUUCGUAUUUGUCAUGAGAGCGACAGAUCAACGACGAUACCGGCAAGUAACGGACUACAUUUUUACGGUCACAGAUAUAUUUUUUAUACCCGCUAGAGACGACGCAAACUGAUCACCAUGGAAAUAAAAAAAAUCCUAAAAGAAGCCGGAAUACAGAUCGGUGCCGGGGGAUCUGCCGGUUUCGUGGAGGUGUGCAUAAUGCACCCGCUCGAUCUUAUUAAGACUCGCCUUCAAAUACAGAGCGGAAAACCCACGGGUAAAGUUAGCGAUCCUAACCGUUACUCGGGCAUUUUCGACUGUAUACGUAAGAUGUACAAGUACGAGGGUCUCACGUCGUUUUGGAAGGGGAUUAUACCUCCGAUACUCGCGGAGACGCCUAAACGGGCUGUGAAAUUUUUUACAUUUGAGCAGUAUAAAAAAUUGUUUUUAUUUGAUUCACCCACACCCACACCUUUGACAUUCUCAUUGGCCGGCUUGGGAGCGGGCACAACUGAAGCUAUAUUAGUCAAUCCGUUUGAGGUGGUCAAAGUAACAUUACAAGCCAAUCGCGCAACUGGGAAGGAGUUACCGAGCACAUGGGCCGUUACCAGAGCGAUAGUCAAGGAGCACGGUCUCGGCUUUAAGGGAUUAAAUAAGGGGGUUACGGCUACAAUUGCUAGAAAUGGAGUGUUUAACAUGGUUUAUUUCGGUUUUUAUCAUUCAGUAAAAGGAUACCUACCUGAGUACGAAGAUCCAGUUUGGGAAUUCUGUCGGAAGGUGGGUAUCGGCUUCGUUUCGGGAACAUUAGGUUCGUGCGCAAAUAUACCUUUUGAUGUUGCGAAAUCGAGAAUUCAGGGACCACAACCAGUACAGGGACAAAUUAAGUAUAGAGGCACUUUAAGAUCUAUGGGAAUAGUGUACAGAGAAGAAGGCUUUCGCGCGCUGUACAAAGGACUUCUACCCAAAGUGCUACGUUUAGGACCAGGUGGUGCCAUUAUGCUAGUCGUUUACGAUUAUGCCCACCAUUACUUAACCACCAAGUUUGGAGAUUAAGUGAUAUUUUUAGUAGUUAUCGAGAAACAGUUUUAGUUUGUGCUAUGCUAUGGUAAUACUUUAUAUAGGGACAUCAAUUCUUGUCUCCUCGUCUUAGUCUUUUUUUUUUAAUCUUAUACUCGGUUACUCGCAGGUAUGAAUAACGUAAUAGUCAAUUUCGAUUGUAACAAACAGUAACAGACUUCAAACACUACUUACAAAGUGAUUUUUGGCAUGUUAUAUGUUUAGUUUGUCCUGAUAGUGUUGAAAAUAUAAUGACUGUUUGCACCACUGUGCUAUAACGCCCCCUGGCUGAGCGUUAAGGCGUGGCAAAUGUGGUGCAAAUGGUCUGGGUAUCCCUUCAUAGGGUAUAAAAUAUCUUGCUUACUCAAACUUUUAAAAAUACCAGAGAACAUACCAGAUGAUUUGCUUUUAUAUUUUCGCAGCCUUUCUACAACUGUUUUGGUCAGUACUUAAAUUUUUUGUAUUAAAAGGGGAAAUUGUCCUCUUGUAAUAGUAUUUUGUGCAAUAUUAAUUUUAAGUAAAAUAAGCAUUUAUCAUAUGAAUAUUUACGUCAUAAGUAUACUGAUGUACAAAAAUAUAUACUUUACAGUUUUA